UUUAGGCUUGGGUGUUUGUCCUCAGCUAGUGCAGUGGUUAUUGUUUUUGCUAAUAUUGAAUUAUUUCUGUUAUAUUGUGAUUAAAAUUAUAGUUUACGAGCAUAAGUAUUCGUAUAUUUUUUUUUAUUUUGUCGAUAUAAUGAGUUGCUCGGACUCAGAUCCAGGGAAUAAAGAGAAGACCAUUGACGGUUCUGACAUGGGAGACGUUAUUGGGAAAGAGACCGAUGAAGCUGAGACUGAAGAGAUGUCAUCCGAAUUUCUAGAAAUUGUAUCAGAAAGAGAAGAUGCCGAUGGAGCUGCGAGCAGCGAUGAACAAAGAGCUCCUAAUUCUGAUAUCCAAAUAUUCAGUUGUGAAGAGGUGAGUGAGGGGGAGGAGGAAGCAAUGGCAAAGGAUCAACCCUGCUCCUGCGAUGCUUGCAAGGACCGCAGGGGUGUCACUGAGAACACAGUGGAGGAGAUGAGGAGACUGCAAGCCCAUUGGAUGGACCUGAGGCAGUACAUACGGAUGGUAUACCGUAUGGCUAUGGAGGUCAAGUCCCCGGCUGAUGGCUACGAACACUAUAUUAAGGAGCACGUUCAGAAGCUCUGUAUGUGCGACCCACACCAGCUGUUUUCAAAGGCUUGAGUCGCAAGUCCAGGAGUUUGUGAUAGAGACCAAAGUAAGACAACUGGAACUGCUCAAGAGGGAGAAGGACUCACCAGUAUUACCGUAUCUGUUCAUAUCAGGUCUACUAGAGAGCUACAAGAAGCUGAUGGCAGCUGCCAACGAAUUGGCACCACUGUUAGAGCAGCUGCAAACUGAACACCUUAACAAGUUCAACCUGACCUGGAAGGUCCUCAACCAGCAUCUCUAUCAGAGU